AUUCUCUCCCAAACGUCAACAAGAGAAAAAAUUGCAAGACGAUAUUGGCGAAAAUUUGUCAACAUUGGACAUAUUUUGCAAGAUUUCGCACCUUUUAAGCAACGGACCAGCCCAAAACAGGUGAUCAAUUUGUGGGUGAGCAUUUGCGUCUGUGGAUAAAGCUCCAGCGUUAGCUUCACGAUGGCUGGCAAUGUGGUGAGAAUGUCCCAGCCCGGAACGCCCGCAGCGACCCAGCCAAACUACAUGAAGGUGUUCGUGCAGCGCGACUACAGCGAGGGCACUUCCGUCAAAUUCCAGACCAGAUUCCCGCCGGAACUGGAGAGUCGGAUCGAUCGACACACAUUCGAGAGCACCAUGAACAAACUGAACGAGUAUUUUGUCGAAGCUGAGAAGGGAUCCUGUAGCACGUACUGCGAGGGUUGUUUGGCCUGCAUCACAGCGUAUCUGAUCUAUAUCUGCACUGAGACACAUUAUGAGAAGUGCUUGCGGAAGGUGUCCAAGUACAUCGCCAUGCAGAACGAGCGCGUGUACAACCCGAAGGGACUGCAAAUUACCGAUCCCGUCUGCCGGGGCCUGCGGGUCAUAGAGAUCUCGAUACUGGACCGCCCGGGGCGCACGUGACUGCCGCUCUCCCAUUCCACCGAGGAGUUCUUCAUGUAAGGCGAUGAUGAACAAAAGCCAAGUUUCAACAGUUGAAAAAAAAAAGUAGAAGAAAAUGCUAGCGCGUGUGAUACGAACAUUGGCACGCAACGAAAUUCCAACCAUAACACAUACACAUACACA